AUGGAUACUAUAGAAGCUGUUGGUAAACAUGAUUUUAAUGCCUCAUCCCCUGAUGAGCUGAGUUUCCGAAAAGGGGACCACCUCCAGAUUAUUGACAUGGAGACAGAUCCUAAUUGGUACCGAGCAACGAUGGGAGGAAACACUGGCUACAUACCUAACAACUAUAUUGAAAUUGUCCAAAGAGAUUGGUUGAUGCCAGAUGUAACUCGACAAAUGGCUGAGAAGAUGCUACUAUCAAAGAGCAAUAAUCAAUACGUUAACUCAGAUGGAGCAUUCCUUGUGAGGAGAGGGCGACAAGAAGGAGAACAUAGUUUGUCCGUGAAAUACUUAAACGAAGUUCAGCAUUUCAAAAUCUACAAACAAAAUGAUGGCUAUUUUAUAUGGGAUUCUGAGAAGUUCCCUACUCUCUCUUUACUUGUAAAACAUUAUAAAACUGCUUCUGUCAGCAAAAGCCAUCAUAUUGUCCUCCAGGAUAUGGUCAAGGAAAAAAGAGUGAGAGCGAGGGCAUCAUAUGACUUUACUGGUCGAGGAAAUGAUGAGCUCAGUUUUAGAAAAGGUGACAUACUCAACAUCACUGACCGGCAGGAUUCUGAUUGGUGGACUGCUCAAAUUGGUAAUGGCCCAUCGGGGCUCAUCCCAGCAACUUAUGUUGAGCUGUUGUAA